GCGCCUGUCUCCCCGUCUGUCAGGGGGUCGGGGGCCUCGCGUCGAUGUGCAGCCCCGGGAGGGACCCCCCUGGGCCGGCCCCGGCUGGGGACCUGCCCCCCGAAUGGGAGACGGACGACGAGCGGAUGGCUUUCCUCUUCUCGGCUUUUAAGCAGAGCCGGGAGGUGAACAGCACCGAGUGGGACAGCAAGAUGGCUUUCUGGGCCGGGUUGGUGUUGAGCCGAGGGCGUCGCCGGGGGGUCGUCCGGACUUGCCUGAGGGAGCUGCAGCAGGGCUUCGAGAGGAGAGGCAGCCUCCCGCUAGGGCUCGGUACAGUCCUCCGGGAGCUGCUCAGACGUGGGAAGCUGCAGAGGGAGUCAGACUUCAUGGCCAGUGUAGACAGCAGCUGGAUCUCCUGGGGUGUGGGAGUCUUCAUUCUGAAGCCCUUGAAGUGGACUCUCUCCAGUGUGCUGGGUGACAGUAAAAUACCUGAGGAAGAAGAAGUUCUGAUUUAUGUGGAGCUGCUUCAGGAGAAAGCAGAGGAAGUUUAUCGGCUCUAUCAGAACUCUGCACUUUCUUCUCACCCUGUUGUUGCCCUCUCAGAGCUGCGUUCCCUCUGUGCCAAUGUUUGUCCAGAUGAAAGGACCUUCUACUUGUUGCUGCUCCAGCUGCAGAAGGAAAAGAGGGUCACGAUCCUGGAACAGAAUGGAGAGAAGAUAGUGAAGUUUGCCCGAGGUCUUCAUGCCAAAGUCUCCCCAAUGAACGAUGUGGACAUCGGCGUUUAUCAGUUGAUGCAGAGUGAGCAGCUGCUGUCCCAGAAGGUGGAGUCCCUUUCGCAGGAAGCAGAGAAAUGUAAAGAGGAUGCCAGGAGUGCUUGUAGAGCUGGGAAAAAGCAAUUGGCUCUGAGAUGUCUCAAGUCCAAGCGCAGGACGGACCGGCGCAUCGCGGAGCUGCAUUCCAAGCUGGAUGCAGUGCAGGGCAUCCUGGACCGGAUCUACGCCUCCCAGACUGACCAGAUGGUAUUUAAUGCCUAUCAGGCUGGUGUGGGAGCCCUGAAACUGUCCAUGAAGGAUGUUACUGUGGAGAAGGCAGAGAACCUGGUGGAUCAGAUCCAAGAGCUUUGUGAUACUCAAGAUGAAGUAGCCCAGACUCUGGCUGGAGUGGGAAUCAAUGGUCUAGAGAUGGACACUGAGGAACUUGAGAAGGAGCUGGACAGUCUCCUCCAGGACUCAACUAAAGAGCCUGUAGAUCUGCCUCCCGUUCCCCAGAAGGUGCUGAACCCACCCAUUUCUGAUGCUGAGCUUGAAGCUGAGUUGGAAAAGCUCUCUGUUUCUGAUGGAGAUUUGGCACAAAAGGCUCCCUCUGCUUCCUCUGAACCCAAAACAGCUCUGGGACUGAAUCUCUAAAGACCCAACAAUAUCCUGUUGCUGCAGUUUGAGGAGUUGUCUUAAGGUUCCUUAACUAAUGACUGGAACUUCUGGGGAGAGGGGCAACGCUCCCCUGUUCUUCAUGGAUAUCACUUUGCUCAGCAACAGGAUCUCCUGCCAUGACAAUCCACUCUGGAACUGGCCCCAGCUGGUGUUUGUCAUCCCUGUGCCAACAUCUGCACUGGUCUCAAUUUGACUUGGUCACUUGGUGACAUCCAAUCUUCCCUUCUGGGAAUUCAAUUCACUGUCCUGCCCAGUGAAGAUCAACUCUAUCCAUAACAGUGCUCGUUUGGUUUUGUUUCUCUCCUCUCUUUGCUGUGGCUGAUGUUGAGAACCUGAGUUGCAGCAAGUCUUGGAGUUGCUCAACAUUUGGCUGUUUGUGUGGUUGUUUCAAACACUUGGCACAUGAAUUUUGUCAAGGACAGUCCUUCUCUGCAACAAGCUUAAGCACCUGGUGAUAGUUCUACCCCUCCCUGUCUGUAUUUUGCACGGUCCUGGACAGCUGGACACUGUAACUGUUCCAUUGUAGGAGAUGUUGUUGCUCUAGAGGGCAGCAAUUCCAAGCACAAGACAAAAAUAAUUCCUCUUUCUGUAAUGACACUAAGGCCUUAAAAGGGAGACCUGCAAAAGAUCUUGAAAUGAAGGAGUUUCUGCUGCUGCCUGUUGUGAUGGAGGCUUGCAGUCAUCAUCAUCUAAGAAGUUUCUGCUUGCUCUUACUUGAAAUUGGAGCUGCUUGCUCUUUUUUUGUAUCUUCCCUGUUUGCAAAACCUCUUGGAAGCUGCAGGAUGAGCAGCUUUGAGGUCUCAUGCAGAGGGAUUUGGGGUGGAAGGAGAAAGGGGUGCCUCAUUUUCCCUCUCGGAGGAUGGUUUCCUACAACAGCCUUGCCUUUGCCUUCAGUCUUAAUCUUUCCACAAGUUACCAGAAAGCCCCAAAACAAAACCCCUGGGAAUGUUUCUAAAUGCCAAACCACCCAAGCACAGCAACUGAGGAUGGUUUUUAGAGCCAUCCUUAUACCCUGGGAAGUGAAAUCCUCAUCUUUUGCAGGUCCCUUUUUUACUCCACGCAUGCACAUGGAAGAGCAGGAAGUCUGAUGCCUACCAGGACUAAAUAAAUUUCAGGAAGGGAUAAUGUCCUGUUAACUGGGUUUUCUGGGCACAGAACGUGUGCCUGGCAGGGGAGUGACUGAGGAGGGGUUGAUUUAUGACCAGUCCUCCUCUCCCUGACUGGGAAUGUGUUCCUCUAACCAUCCAUUUCCACUCUGCCUCCUAUCCCAAGCUCCACUGCUUGAGCCAUGAGGAUGCAGCUUGGGUGAGUGGUAAAUUAAGGCUGGAAUUCUCAUGUCCUGUUAAUUCCUGAUGUCCCAGCUUUAGCCCCAGAGGACAGGGGAAGAAAUGAAGAGGUGUCACCAGGGUGCUGCGUUGGCUCUGGCUUCUUUGUCACUUUGUCUGAGGGUGCAGGCUCCUGCCAGAGAAGGUGUGCUGUGCCAGCUCACAGUUUAUCCAGGCUGCACAUGGAAUUAAUUAUGUGAAAUGACUUGAAGCUCUGUAUUGCUUUCCUCUGGAAGUAAAUGGGAGAAAAAACACUGUUUUCUGCCUACGUGUAAUAAAGGGGAGGGGAGGAAGCAGAGUCCUUUGUAGUGCCUCCUUUUCUCUGUGCCACAGAUCACUGCCAUAUUCCUGCUGUUCCAGCUGUGCUUCUGCAUCUAUAAAGCUUCUCUGCUGAAAGAAAA